AGUAGGGUCUCAACCUCACUUCACUUUACUUUUUACCCAGUAAAUAAAUCACAAAGAGAGAAUCCCAAACAACGCACAUUAUCGAAUGAAUUAGCAAUGUCUGAGCCGAGAACAAAGCCUAAAUUAUCGUCUGUGUUUCUCCCAGACCACAUCAUUGACGAGAUCCUCAGUUGGGUACCAGCGAAAUCCUUAAUCCGAUUCAGGUGCGUUUCCAAAUCUGGGUACUCAAUCAUCACAAACCCCAUUUUCAUUUCCACACACUUCAACCGAGCCAAAUCACUAUUUUCCAAUGAAGAAAACAACAACAAUCAUAAUGGUUAUUUGCUAUAUACACCACUACAUGUGGAUCCUCUUCUUAAUAGCAGAAAUUUGUGUACUGUUGUUUGCAAUAGCGAUGGCGCAUUGAGCAACAACAUUUCUAGGAUCGAAAUACCCUUUAGUCAUUCUCGGAUAAUGGGCUUUUCUAAUGGCAUGUUCUGUUUUGCUAGUUAUGUGGAAAACUGUAGACAUAUAAUGUAUUUGUGGAACCCAAGCAUUAGGAAGUUUAAGAUGCUCGCUGCUACUGUGAACAUCGCCAACUUUUCUACUCAGGUUGCUGUUGGUUUUGCGUAUCAUUCUCAAAGCAAUGACUUCAAGGUUUUGAGAAUUGUGUGUAAUAAGCCUGCUGAGGCUGAGGUUUAUACACUGAGUACGGAUUCGUGGAGAAGGUUUGUCAUAUCAGUUGAAUCAUCAACUGGGUCUGGACUCAAUGGAUCUAUUAGUGGUAUUGAUGUUUCACCCUGUGUAUUUUUAAAUGGAGCUCUGCACUCUAUAGCAUGUACUACUGUGGGACACCAUUUCAUCUUGUCCUUUGAUCUCAAUGAUGAGAAAUUCCGAGAGAUAAUGCUGCCGUGGAAUUACUUUCAUGGACUUUUUCGACAUUUACUUGGAUUUUCUCGAUAUCUUGCAGUAUCCAAGGGAUUGUUGACUUUCAUUGUUUUUGGUAAGAGUCCAGCUGUUGCAAGUAGUUUUAAGUGCCUCAUAUGGGUGAUGAGGGAGUAUGGGGUGUCCAUGUCUUGGACUUCAAAGAUUGUAAAUCUAGGUUGGGUUGACAGCUUCUAUGGCUGCACCGACAAUGGUGAAUUUCUCAUUGAGAUGUCCAAUGGGCACCUUUUCUCAUUUGAUCAUGAGAGUCUAGAAGAGAAUAGUCUUGGAAUUCAAUUUCCUUUAUGGGUAGGUUUCACAAGUAAUUUAAUGGAGAGUUUGGUUUUACUCGAAUAGAAAGAUUAGUAGGUUGGAGUUUCUAAUCAAGUGCCUAUCCUUAUGAAAUCGAAGUUGUCGUUUCACAGUUGUUGCAUCAUAUGAAGCUGUUAGGAGGUUAUAGGGCUUAAUGGUGGUUUGGCCACUGAAUUGGUCACAGAAGUGGAAUGCCUGCACAGCCCCUUUGCAUCACCAAGGAUAUGGAUACUGAUGAGCAUUUGUGAUUUAAUUCACAGACACAAGCGGAAGUUUCGAUAUAAGGUAAAAGGGAAAAGUUAACGGAUGCCCUAAAUGCAUUGGUUUAGAAAAUAUUUUUAGAAACUUUUUAUCGGGAACAAAAAGCAAUUAAUUUUUUUUAUGGGUUUUCAUAUUUCCUAUAAAAGCUGUGUCAAAACUUUCUUAUAGUUUAUUAACAAUUAUGUUAAGGACACCUGUUAACCGGACCCAAGGUAAAAUACUAAUUUAAUCACAAACACAUUAUUUACAGUCUUCCUUAUGAGGUUGCAAAAGUUACAUAAGAAAAAAACAUAUUUAGGUUUAGGGAAAAAGUUGAAGGUGGAACCCUAUCUGCACUGCAAUUUCAAUUAAUAGGCUUUGUUUUAAAAUGAAAUUGCAUUGCCGAAAUGUUCACAAUUUUUUCUAUUCAAAUGGAAUUCUAGAAUGUUUAUGUAUGCCUGAUCAGUCCCCUCGAACUUCAAAUAAUUUUAUGUAGAGAGCUUGACAGUGCUACUGAUUUGAUGGCCAUGCUAGGCCAUCAACUGUUGUUGGCAUGGCAAGCAAGGAGAGAAAAAGAUAAAUUGCUUUGUUCUAGAAAAAUGUCUUGGAAUAGGGGCUGCACCAAUAGGAUCAGAAGAAAUGUUAUUGAAUGAUUUAUUUAAGGAUUUAGCUAGUUCUGGAAAUUUUAAGAGACACGUUGUGCCAGACUUGAAGUUGGAACCCAAUGGGAAGCAAUUUUGAAAUGGAUUCAAUGUUGGAACCAUUUUUGUUGUAAAUUGUUUUCACCAAAUUAUAGUUUCUUUCAUUUUAGUUAACUUAAUUAGUAUAAUAAUUUAUUUAUCAAAAAAAAAUUAGUUUAAUGAAUAAAACAUGCACUUUAUAGCAUAUAUUCGAGUCCACCAAUUCAUUUUUCCUUUGAUGUCACUGGUGAGAGAUUUCAAGAGAUAAUGCUGCUAAAGAAUUGAUAAAUGGAUUCCUUCUGAUCUUUGAAAGACUUGUAGUGUUCAAGGGAUCAAUAGCUUUGAUUGUUUUUGGUGAAACUCUAGCUGAAGAUAGUGAUGUAUGCUAAAAAUGGGUGAUGGAGUAUGAUGUUGUUGAGUCUUGUAUUGAAACGGGUGUGCUAGUGGAUUUUUGAGAGAUUCUGGGUAUUAUAUGUCACUUGAUUUUUGUUU